AUGUAUACACAACAAUCAAAUGGGCGUCCACUCAGAGGAUCCCAUCCAGUACAGCAGCGCCGGUUGUUUUACCUCACCCGUGACCCGCGUGCGGGCCAGAGGAGUGGCAAUGGCGGCCAUGGUGGCCAUCAGCAGGCUGCCGGCGGGGAAGUGAGAAUGCAAAGACAGUCUCCGACGAUGGUCGCGGUGCAGGGUAGAGACAGCCUCCAAGGCGGCUCAGUCAGGCCUCAAUUACCCCAGGGUCUCUCAAUAACAAGACCCCGAGAGAACCCCCAGAACACCUCACCCAUGCAGGAACAGAACCUUGAGUUGGAGACCUACUUAUCGGAAAACUUCAGUACCCUGCAGCAGAUUCUCUCCGACACCACGGAUCGAGAUGAGGCUUUCUACAAAUCAUGCGAGUCAACCUUGACUAACCUCACGGAGCGGCGUUUCCUGCGCCUGAGGGCUUGGACGCGGACGGCGUGGAUCUAG